UACUUUCCCUCCCACAACGUCCUCUAGCUCCUCGGCCUUGGGCUGUCAACACCUUUCAUCAUGCCUAGCGCCACGGGUCAGAACUGGGAGAAGUACCAAAAGAACUUCGCGGACGACGAGGAACCUGAGAAGAAGAUCACACCUCUUACAGAUGAUGAUAUCGCAGUACUCAAGACCUACGGCGCCGCACCUUACGCGACAGCACUGAAGAAGCUCGAAAAGGAUAUCAAGGACAAACAAGCAAGCGUCAAUGAAAAGAUCGGCGUUAAGGAAUCGGACACAGGUCUUGCACCUCCACACCUUUGGGAUGUUGCAGCCGAUCGACAGCGCAUGGCAGAAGAACAGCCACUUCAGGUUGCACGAUGCACAAAGAUUAUCCAGGAUGAGAAAGACUCGGACAAGAGUAAAUAUGUGAUCAACGUCAAGCAGAUUGCCAAAUUUGUUGUCAACCUAGGAGAGCGCGUCAGCCCAACAGAUAUCGAGGAAGGCAUGAGAGUUGGUGUCGACCGCAAUAAGUACCAGAUUAUGCUUCCCUUGCCGCCAAAGAUCGACCCCAGCGUGACGAUGAUGACGGUCGAGGAUAAGCCCGACGUGACUUACGGCGAUGUCGGUGGGUGCAAAGAACAGAUCGAGAAGCUACGAGAAGUUGUUGAGAUGCCGUUGCUAUCGCCGGAACGUUUUGUGAACCUCGGUAUCGACCCGCCCAAGGGUGCCCUCCUCUACGGCCCUCCCGGAACCGGAAAGACUCUUUGCGCUCGUGCAGUCGCCAACCGAACGGAUGCCACCUUCAUUCGUGUCAUUGGUAGUGAAUUGGUACAGAAGUAUGUUGGUGAGGGUGCCCGUAUGGUCCGUGAGCUCUUCGAGAUGGCUCGUACCAAGAAGGCUUGCAUCAUCUUCUUCGACGAAAUCGAUGCUGUCGGUGGUGCCCGUUUCGAUGAUGGUGCCGGUGGUGACAAUGAAGUGCAGCGUACUAUGCUGGAGCUGAUCACCCAGCUGGAUGGUUUCGAUUCCCGUGGUAACAUCAAGGUUAUGUUCGCUACCAACCGUCCGUCCACACUUGACCCGGCCCUGAUGCGUCCUGGCCGUAUCGAUCGUAAGAUUGAAUUCUCACUACCCGAUGUCGAGGGUCGUGCAAACAUUCUCCGCAUUCACGCCAAGAGCAUGUCCGUCGAGCGGGACAUCCGUUGGGAGCUGAUUUCACGACUGUGUCCUAACGCUACCGGUGCUGAGCUCCGCAGUGUGGCAACGGAGGCUGGUAUGUUUGCCAUUCGUGCGCGCCGCAAGGUCGCCACUGAGAAGGACUUCCUGGCUUCCGUUGAGAAGGUCAUCAAGGGCAACCUCAAGUUCAAUUCGACGGCAACCUACAUGCAAUACAACUAG